CCUGCAUCCACGCUUCGUAAACCGCGAUCUUCAGUCAAUAUACGAUCCAAAACGUAUUUACCAUCUGCCUUUAUAUACUGCAUUACUCGAAGGCUUUGGACAAAGUUAGGGUCGAAUCGCGAUCCAUUCCUCAUCUCAAAGCUCCAACUUACAAUAACCCUUCUUCCACUUUCAGCUGUGAUCCUGACACGCACAUCUUUUUCCCUUCGAGCACCGAUCCCUUUGCCUCUUGGAGCUACUACAGAUUUUGCGACAUCCACGGAUAUCCAUGACGACAUUGGACUAGGUCCAGCCCCAGUCAAACAUUGAACAGAUGCCCAAUACACCCUUCCACCGAUGAGAUCCUCGUAUAGCACCUUGUCCACACGAGGACCAGCAGUUUUCACUUUGCAAUCAAUGUUAACCCUUUGUUCUAAGCAUAAAUACACAGUGAUUUUUUCGGUUGCUUUGAUUGUUUUGUUCAGGACUUUCGAGCCUUUUUUCAUGGUCAUUACUCUCACUUCAUAUACUGGUUGUUCAUCUUUUCGCAUUCCUGUGGCGUCCCAUUUAAGGGUAAUAUCAUUGAGGUCGACUUCAUGUUUGAGGUCAAUCACUUUGAUAUCGUCUACAGUCUCAAAUGAGACUUCUUCUUCUUCACUUUUACUAGUCAAAUCGUCCACAAAAGUAUCAGUAACAGUCACUAUGAAUCUACCACCUUCGUUGUUGACGGCGUAGGUGACGUUUCCACUCUGUUCAGCUGUUUCAGUUACCAGCUCCUCUGGGAAACCAGCUUUUGUGACGUAAACUUUGAUCUUUCGCGUUGGCACGUAUUCUAUCGAUUCCGCUUCCCAUGAAAUUUCUAUUCCUCUUGGUCGAACAUCGAUCUUUUUCAGCACGACUUUGGGUUUUUGUGGAGCAUCUUUGAAAACCGUCACUGGGAUUGUACUUGUAUGCCUGAAUUCUUUAUCAUUUGGUCCCUUCACAUAA